AUGUGGAACGGCAAAUUGCGGUGUCUGGCGGCACGCGUUUCAAGCACUCUGAAAAACUAUUUGCGCACAGGUCCUGGCGGAGGUCCUGGUGCUUUUCAGCUUCAGCUUUUCCCGGAGACCGGGAAGAGUAGACAGACACACAUGCUGGGCACAUACAUAAUUUAG